AUGAGUGGAUGUCCGUACUUUGAGAAGAAGCAUUUGUUAUUCAAAAAUAAACCUCCCAAUACUGAAGAAGAUGAGGAUGAUUCCCAGGCAGGGGUCAACAAGGCCAGUAGAGGAGGAAUUAUCUAUGGAGACUACCUGCAGCUCGACAAAAUACUCACAGCUCAGGUUCUGCAAAGUGAACUAAAAGCCAAUAAGAUCCAUGAUGAGCACCUCUUCAUUGUCACCCAUCAAGCCUAUGAACUUUGGUUCAAACAGAUUUUGUUUGAACUGGACUCUGUGCGAGAGAUCUUCAUCAGCGGUCAUGUCCGAGACGAACGUAACAUGCUCAAAGUCAACACUCGCAUCCACAGGGUUGUGAUGAUCUUCAGACUGUUGGUUGACCAGUUUGCGGUUUUGGAAACAAUGACAGCCUUGGACUUUUUUGACUUUAGGGAAUACCUGUCUCCGGCCUCUGGCUUCCAAAGCCUCCAGUUUCGGCUCUUGGAGAACAAAAUUGGAGUUCCAGACAACCUGAGGGUUCCAUACAACAGACGCCAUUACAGGGACAACUUUAAAGGUCAUGACAGUGAGAUGCUGCUCUCCACUGAGCAGGAACCAACACUUUUAAAGUUAGUUGAGGAGUGGCUGGAGAGAACUCCUGGAUUGGAGGUGGAUGGCUUCAAUUUCUGGCAAAGGCUGGAAAUCAAUAUACUUGAUGGGUUAAAUCAGGAGAAGGAGAAAAUUGAGAAAAUGCCUGAUUCUGAAGAGAAAGAGGAACUGAUAGCAGAGAUGGUCAAACAGAGGGAGCUUUUCACAUCUCUGUUUGACGAAAAGCGCCACGAUCACCUUGUCAGCAAGGGUGAGAGGAGACUCUCUUACAAGGCUCUGCAAGGUGCUCUGAUGAUAUACUUCUACAGGGAGGAGCCAAGGUUCCAGGUUCCCUUCCAGCUGCUCACAUCCCUCAUGGAUAUCGACACCCUCAUGACGAAAUGGAGAUACAAUCAUGUGUGCAUGGUUCACCGGAUGAUUGGCAGCAAAGCUGGCACAGGGGGGUCGUCUGGCUACCACUAUCUUAGAUCAACUGUCAGUGACCGAUACAAAGUUUUUGUGGACCUUUUCAACCUGGCAACAUUCCUGGUGCCUCGCCACUGGGUACCCAAGCUGAAUCCCAACAUUCACACUUUUUUGUACACGGCUGAGUGCUGCGACAGCUCCUACUGCAGCAGUGACGACUCGGAUUAG